AUGUCGCGCUCUAAGCUCAUCAGAUCGGAGACAUCUUCAGAGUGGCAGUCAUGCUCUGACGAAUCGGCGUCGAUCUCUGGGGACCCUAGCGCAGAAGCAUCUACCCGAACUCUAAAUUUUAGCCCUGUCGAUCCUCCUGCGCACAAGCCAUCCAAUGUGGUUUGUCCCCUUUUGGCUACUGAAUCAAUUGACAGCAGUUCCAAUAGUCAAUCAACUUGCAUCACAUUGCUCCAAAGCCUCUCACAAUCCAAUAUCAAACCCCCCACCUCGUGCGAAUCUGACUCCCAGUGUGAUAAAUCUUGCGCUUUCGCCACAAGGGAUGCGUCACGUCCAGUCUUCCUACUCCCAGCACCUACCUACAACAUUGCCUCGGUAAGGUAUCCGGCCAACUUUGCCGGUAUGGAUACCGUCGAUGUGCCCGAAUUGGUGGAACGACUCGGCAGCGAAGAAGACGCAGUACGCAAGAUGGCCGUCUUCAAGCUGCAAUCGAACAUUGGGGAUCCUUCUUUCGCAGAAAUGUUCAUUCAAGACGGCGGCCUACAAAAGCUCAAACAUCUUACAAUGAACGCAACCGGAAAUACUCUGGCAUACAGCCUGACAAGUUUCAGUCGACUGUUGGAAGUGGACAAAGGUUGGGACUAUGUGGAGCAAGAUUUGAUCGAACGAGUAGUGGAGCUGGUGGUGACCCAUCCGCUGGUCAACAUUCUUCGAGGAGCUAUGUCAGUACUGGUUUUGAUUGUCUCGCACCCUUACAAUCCCAAUCGAUCGUCCGAGAGCGCUCUGUUUGGUUUCAAAGCACUGAAGCCGGCAAUUGCAAUCUAUCCACAAUUCCUGGAGAUGCUUGUCAGCCGAUUGUCAUCAGCGGACCAUGCGUUAUGCGCGAAUGCCUUGCAGCUAAUCAACGGUUUAAUGAGAGAUGCUAUCACCAAUGACGAAGAAUCAGAGUGGCCCAAAUUCAUCAAGAGACUACAAGACCUCGGUGUCAUCAAGGCAGUCUAUGUUCUCAUGCAAAGCUCGGCAUUGCAGGAUCUAGCCCAUCCUCUGCUUGAAUUUCAGGCGCUUACCAAGGUGCUUCUCAGAAAGUGGAAAGAGGUAUCGGUUGACCUGCAGAAGCAUGAACACCGAAGAGCUCUGAAAGGGAUCCAUCUGGCGAGCAAUCCGGAGAGACCUGCAGGAGUGUCCUCCAAAUCGAGCGAGGACGCCAAACCAAAACACAAUCCUGAAAAAUGGCGAAGGCUUGGCUUCGAAACCGAGAGUCCAAGUGUCGAAUUCCAGGACAUGGGUUUUCUCGGCAUGAUGGAUCUUACAGACUAUGUUCGCAAACAUCAGGACGAGUACCAACGUCUCUUGCUUGAGCAAGCUUCACAAUCGCUCGACAAGCGUUGUCCGAUUGCGAGAGCUUCGUUAGCAACGACAGCAAUCCUAUACGAGCAUUUUGAGGUGGACAAGUCGGACCUCGAGGAUGCAAAGUCUUACUUGGCACUUGAAUCACGAACGAACUUCGACAAAGUCUUCAGACCGCUGCUGCUGCAUUGGUCGCGGCUGCAUGUUGCGGGCUUACAUGCAUUCUUCAGACUCUGGAAAUCCACCGGAGCAGAGCAAGAAGACUUGGGCAAGAUCUUCGAGCUGGUAAGGAUACUGAUGGAAAGCAUUGUUGGUGGUGCAUCAAGGACGAAAGAUGUCCAAGACGUGGAAGAAGAGUUGGCUGCCUUCGAAUACCAACGGCUACGAGAAUUGCAGAUGGAACUCUUGGAAUUGACAUACGAAGAUGUUUGGGGUCAGCAUCUCCGGCAAGUGAGGGAAGAGCUCCAACACGAGGCUCUUCAGUUUGUCAGAGAACAGCGCAUUCGCUGUCUGCUACAAGGCGCCUGGUUCCCCAGCGGACUUUUAUACAAAGGACCAGAACCGGGAGGUCCGGUACAGAAAGAGGAUCUCAAAAGAUCAGUGCCGAGUAGUUUCCGAUAUGUUCAGCUGUCACACAACCGAAGGUUUCUGCAUUAUGCCGAUUUCGAGAGCAUGCUGGAUCAUGAGCCAGAGUUGGAUACCCUACCUGAUAAGAUCGAUCUUGGGAUCGUCUCAUCAGUUGUUUCCAACGUGUCAGCUUCUUCCACGGACUCCACCAACAGCGGUGAUUCGGUCAAGUCUGCCACCCACGAUAAGGCGGCAACAACCAAAAUCACCAUUCACGGAUAUCUCCCCCUGGAUGACAGUGGACCAGCUUCCCGAACAACUAAUCACACCCGGCAGACAUCGAGAGAAUCCAACCCGCAGCAGCGUGGGCAGAAAGAAUCGGUCCUAUUGACGCUUCAUCCUCAGUCGCACAGCAUAGCGUCGGAAUGGCUUGACGGGCUGUUAAUGUUGCUUAAUCAGCAACCCAUCACUACAGAGACCAAUAAGCUGAUCAAUAUGGUCAGCAGCUAUGGAUUGAAGAUUCGCCUAUUGAAUGUCAGAUUUGACGAACGGGGCAUGAUGGGAGAAGCGCCGGAAAUGCCGAGUCGAGAAGGACUGGACGAGGAUUACUACUACGAUGUGUUCGGUGGUCAAUAA